UACACCAACAUGGACGGCGCCCGCUGUGUAUCUGGCGUCUCCCUGCUGCUGCUGGUGGUUGUCGUCACUGCUACUGCCGAUGCCACGGCUACGAAAUGUAGAGUAGAGGAGUGCCCCAACUUUAGAGCCAUACGGUACCACGAGGAGUUGGGCUGCGUACGCAGUGAUGACCCCAGCGAGUGCUGCUCUACGAGCUUCAACUGCAGUUCACUUCUGUCGGCAGACAGGAUGAAGUGCUACUAUAGAGGCACAAUGUUAGAACUUGGCGCAGAAACAGGGGAUGAGAGAGAAGACAAAUGCGUACCGAGCUGUGAGUGCGCGAAAGACCCAUACGGAACAAGCGGGUAA